GUUGGUAUGUUUUUUCAUAUACUUAUUUUUUUCUUAAAAAUGGAUAUCUAAUAUGAUGUUGAAAUAAUGCAGCUAAUUUACUGUGAUGAAAUUGAAUGCGAGCUCCAAAAAAUAGUACGUAAAACACCAUUAGUUACGAUGUGGACAACAGAUAAGUUGAAGGAAAGACAAUCUUUUGAGAUUGAAGCUGGUGGGUUUGGGGUUGGAAAUCUAAUUGAACAAAGUUCAAAUUUAGAACGUGACAAGAAUGAGAAUCAGGACACACGUAUUGAGGAGUAUGAAGAAAAGUAUGAAACAAUUUUCAACAAUGUCUCAACUGAAAAGGAUAAUAUGGAAGAUAUUAUUUUGCAUUGUCUAUCGAAAUUCUCUGAAGACAAUAGAACGAAGGAGAUGAGAUGAUAAGGAAGUUUAGAGACA